UCAUAUCUUUUGCUUCAAUCAACCUAAACCGUAAAACGAAAACAAAAAAUUUACAGAAAAAAAGAUGAGGCAUUUCGUGCUGGUCCACGGGGCGUGCCACGGAGCGUGGUGCUGGUACAAGGUGAUCGCCGAGCUCAAACAAGCCGGCCACAAGGUCACCGCCCUCGACCUCGCCGCCUGCGGCAUAAACCCAAGGCAGGUCGACCAGGUCCGCGACCUGGUCGACUACUCCGAGCCUUUGCUCGACUUCCUGGCUUGUCUCGAGCCGGCGGACGAGAAGGAGAAGGUGGUGCUGGUUGGUCACAGCAUGAACGGUUUCAGCUUGUGUAUUGCCAUGGAGAGGUUCCCUGAGAAGAUCGCCGUUGCUGUGUUCGUUGGCGCCACCAUGCUGGGUCCCGAUUUCGACUACGAACUCGUGGCCGAGAAGGUAUACGAAGAAAUGUCAGCAGGGGCGGACUACAUGGAUUCUCAGGUGAUAUUUGGGAACGGCAUGGGUAAGCCUCCGACGGCGGUGUUGCUUGGCCCCAAGUACAUGGAGACGAAGACCUACCGCUGUUCUCCCCGCGAGGAUCUGGAGCUGGGAAUAACGCUGGUGAGGCCAAGUCCGAUAUGGGAGCCAGAGCAAGCUGCGAAGGACACGGUGGUGACCAAGGAGAAGUACGGCACCGUCGCUCGGGCGUUCGUGGUUUGCGACGAGGAGCGAGAUGGGACCUUCCAGUGGUGGCAGAUCAAGAACAACCCUCCGAAUGAGUACAUCGUCAUUCCUGGCUCGGCUCCGACCACAUGGUCAUGUUCUCCCAACCUGCUCUCCUGUCGCAAUAUUUCCUCCAACUCGCCGGCAAAUACUUCUGAUCGUUGCCGUUGGUUGGUCGCAGUUCCAUGCAAUAAUGUAAUGUCUUGUUGUAAUAUAAUAAGGAGAAAGACAUACUACCUAUUGUCUUUCAAUCCAACUAUUUGAAGACUAAUAAAAUAUACCAUUCACAGUACGUAUAUCGAUCGUAUC